GUGCAUGCUAGUUACUGAAGUUUUUCUACGUUCCUUUUUUGGUUAUGGAGAGAUAAGUACCAACUUGGUACUUAUCAUUUACUAAUUAAUCUCCUUUUUUUUUUGUUCUCUUCAACAACAAUAUUGUUGCUGGUAAAUUCAAGAAACUUGUAACUGAUAGUAGUAGCAGCACCUCUCAAAGUUUUGCUAUCCAAAAGCAAGUUUUGUGUAAUUCUUUGAAAAUGAUGGGAGAAGAAAUUGAGGUGAUCCAUUCUUGGUCUGCACCCAGGUCUAUAAGCACCAGCCUAAUGUACUCUUUUGCCCAGAGAGAUGACAUGGAAGUUCUUGAUGAACCACUGUAUGCAAAUUUUCUGCGAGUCACUGGAGUGGACAGACCUUACAAGGAAAAACUUCGAUCCCAAAUGGAGAUUGAUGGAAAUGAGGUGGUGAAGGAGGUCAUCUUUGGUGCAGGUGUAAAGAGGUACCGCUUUUGUAAGCAUAUAGCCAAGCAACGUGUGCCAAGUUUGACAGAUGAAUUGAUGAAAAGAGGAAAGCACUUCAUACUGAUAAGGAAUCCCCUUGAUAUCUUGCCAUCAUUUGACGAGAUUGUACCUCCAUCCUUUUUGGAGCUGGGGUUGGCAGAGCUGGUGUCCAUAUACAGCGAGCUAUCUGAAUUAGGAAGGCCCCCACCAGUUAUUGAUGCUGCAGACCUUCGUGAAAAUCCAGAGGCAGCCCUGCGUGGCCUCUGUGAAGACCUUGAUAUUCCAUUUCAAGAUUCAAUGCUCAGGUGGGAAGCUGGACCAAAAUCAUUUGAUGGCAUCUGGGCGCCAUGGUGGUAUAAAAGUGUGCAUAAAUCAACAGGCUUUGCUCCAGCAAAAAGAUACCCUACGCCAUUUCCAACAUCAUUGUAUGAUCUGCUGGAGCAAAGUCUACCCUUUUACAACAUGCUUAAGCGUCAUGCAAGACGAUCUUCUUAUUACAUGAGCUCAACUUUACCUCAUCCUAGUCUUCCCGUUCCUGCUAAUGAGAAGCUACUUGCAUGGGUUGGUGAUGAGAUUGUGCCCCGUGAGGCUGCCAAGGUCUCAGUGUUUGAUUCAGUUGUCCAAGGUGGUGAUGCAGUUUGGGAAGGGCUUCGAGUGUACAGUGGAAAGGUUUUCAAGCUUGAGGAGCAUUUAGAUAGGUUGUUCGACUCUGCUAAAGCACUAGCUUUCAACAAGGUACCAACUCGUGAAGAGGUCAAAGAAGCUAUUUUCAAAACUCUUUUAAGGAAUGGAAUGUUUGAUAACGCACAUAUUCGACUAACUUUGACACGUGGUAAAAAGGUAACCUCAGGAAUGAGCCCAGCAUUCAAUCGUUAUGGAUGCACUUUAAUUGUUCUGGCUGAAUGGAAACCUCCAGUCUAUGACAAUGAAAAGGGCGUAAUGUUAGUGACAGCAACCACUCGGCGUAAUUCACCAAAUAAUUUGGAUUCAAAGAUUCACCAUAACAACCUUCUCAACAACAUUCUUGCAAAGAUAGAAGGCAAUAAUGCUGGGGCUGAUGACGCGGUCAUGCUUGAUAAAGACGGUUAUGUAUCAGAAACUAAUGCUACAAAUAUAUUCUUAGUGAAGAAAGGGCGCGUGGUGACACCUCAUGCUGAUUAUUGCCUUCCUGGCAUAACUAGAGCAACAGUCAUGGAGCUUGUGCAGAAGGAAGGUUUAGCUUUAGAGGAACGACGAAUUAGCUUAUCAGAAUUUCACAUUGCUGAUGAGGUGUAUACUCUUUAACUAUGUGUUUGUUCUUUGACAUGUUUCAAGCAUGACCUAACAUCAUCUUCUCCCUUAAAGAUGUGCUCCACACAGUGUCAAUUAUCGGUUGCUUGUAAAUGUGUCUAAAGAGCUGCUUAAGAAAUUAAUGAAAUGAAGGAUUUGAACACAGGUGGAAGUAAUUGCACCUUGCUUGAAUAUUGUUUUAGGGAGCAGUUAGUGUAUGCGUCUUUCUUAUUACUAGAGGCGGACCCACGUGGUGCCUCGAGGGUGCACCCGAUAACUUUUUAAAAAAAUUGUAUAUAUAUCCUAAUAUUUAAUUGUGCACCCUCAAUAAUAAAACUUGUGUGGGUGCAUUGGUUUGGAACUCAAACGCGGAUGCCCUUCUAGCCCGACGUCGCGUGUUGUUCGAUUCCUGAAGGAGUCUUUCGAUUUUUUCAUUUUACUUCUCCUUUAUAUACAUUUAAAUGUCACCAGCUAGGCAGGAGCAAUUUUCCAUUUGAUGCUAAUAGGUACACAUUUCUUCCUUUCAUUUUUUUAUUCAAGUUUUGGUAAUGUUAAUUGCUUUUAAUAUUUACUUGUUGCUUGAAAGUUAGUGUGUAAAAUUUAUUUAUUUCUUUUUUCUUGCUUCUAUUUAAGUUCAUGGGAUUUGAUUAAAAAUAAAUAAAUAAUUAUUUUUACUUAUAUUCUUGAUGAAUUUUUUAUUUUGUAGUAAUUUGUUAUUGAUUCUUGUGAAUUGAAAUGGAUAGAUAUUAUUUUCCGUUCUAGUUUUAAAGACAAUUCUCAUUGUCGUAGUAAAAGCAAAAAAGGGCAUAAAAAGCACCAAGGUCUAUUAUAUUUAAGCCCAAAUUACAAAGAAAACAUGAGAUUUAACAAAAAAAAAGGC